CUUAGGUUUAAUGUAUAGUAUAAUAAUUCAUUUCCUGCUCACUGCUCUCUGUUCAAACUUCAAAGCAAAAAAAAGUAAAGAAAAUUUCCGGUAGAGUUGAACCGGCAAUGGAGAGUAGAACCAACAGCAAAGACAAAACAAUAUACCAUAAAAAGGUUGACAACAAGUUUAACAAAGGUGAUGUAGUUGAAGUCAGCAGUGACGAUGAGGGUUUUAGAGGCGCAUGGUACGUUGCUACAGUUCUUAAACCAGCCUCUGCUUCAAGAAACUCAAGCAGUUAUCCCAUAAGAAAAACCAGGGCUUUGGUUGAGUACCAAAAUCUACUCUCUGAUGCAGAUCACAGCAAGCCAUUGACAGAGUCUAUUGAACUUUCUUAUAUUAGGCCUUUGCCUCCGGUUCCUGAUGAUGAUCAGUCGUAUGAGACGCAUGAUGUUGUGGACGCAUUUCACCGGGAUGGGUGGUGGAAAGGGGUGGUGUCCAAAGUUUUUGAGGGUACUGAGAGUAGUGAAAAGAAGUACGCUGUUGUUUUUAUAGACCCACUUGAACAAGUUGAGUUCUUGUCUAAAGAUUUGAGGUUUCAUUUUGAGUGGACUAAUGAGACCUGGGUUAAAUCCCCACCACAAAAGAGAAUGGAAGGGUUGAAGUUUAGCAAGGGAAUGGCCGUAGAGGUGAAUUUUGACAAAACAAAAUUCCAAGCUGCGUGGUUCCCAGCAACUAUUCUUGAAGAAACUGGCUUCAACUCUUUCUUGGUAAAAUGUGACCACUCAAGAAACAAUGGCAAGAAUGACCAUAUGGAAGAGACUGUUGAUUCCUUCCACAUUCGCCCUCCCCAUCCUAAGUUGGAUAUUGCAACUUAUGAAGUCUUGCAAGCAGUAGAUGCUUUUGUUGAUUCAAGUUGGAGGGAUGCUCGCAUAACCAGAACUCUUAUAGAUGGAAGGUACAAUGUUGUGCUAAAGCAUACAAAUAAGGAACUGGAGCUAAGACAUUCUGAAAUUAGGCCGCACCUACACUUGGAAAAUGGCUCAUGGGUUAGUUUUAGCAGGGAUAUAUCAAUUGGCGUACAAGCUGAAGAACAAUCAACGGAUGCUGACAGUAAUGCAAGAGACCCUGACAUGGCUGUGAAUGUUGAGAGUUCAAGCGGAAGUGAUACUUUGAAAUCUAUUCGUAGAAAAUUUAGAGAGAAAUUGCCUAUCAAAAGGUCAAGGAAGAAAUCAUUGGAGCAUUCAACGGAUUGUGUUUCAAAAUCACCUAGUAAGAAAACAAAGAAGAAUUUACCUGAGAGUGAAGAUGCACUUCCAUGCCUUGCCAAGGAGUUGAACAAUGAAAAUUCAGUCAAACCCUUACUUUUCCAAGCUUGCCAUCUAGAGUUGACGCCAAUGCAGACAACAAAUCAAAAAUUACAAGUCUCUGGUGGUGUACUAACCAAAUGCUCAACCAUUAAUUUGGUUGGCAAUCCGCCUUCUUCUGGAUCUGACAGUUCUUCCAGGCAUGUUAAUAUCCAAGAUGUUGGAUCAGAGAAUGAAGCUGCAGGCUCCUUACAGAAAAGUGAAAGACAGAUGGAUUCUCAAGCUACAGGUAGAGAGGACGAGAAUAAUGAAAACUCUGCUGAAAUCCUUGUAGAUGGGCAUCAUAAAGAAGAUGUUCCGGUCACGACGUCACCCACGAAUUCUUUGGAGAAUCACAUCGAAAAUGAUGUUAAUUUGGUCGCUGCAAGAAAAUUCUGUAAUGGUAAUGGAGAAGGUGAAUCUGAAAAUGUCAAGCGAUCUUCGUUGAUAAAUGUUUCAGGAACCACUGAGCUCGUGGAGAGUCCAGCAUUGCCUUUUAUUAAGAGCUCAUCUUUUUGGGAAAACAUCGAGUCGUUGGAAAUUUUCCAAAUCUUGCCACAAAAACCACAUUUUGGUCCUUUGCAAGAAUAUAAAGAGGCAAUCCGUGAAGGAUUUGCUAUUGGUUAUAUGGCGACUUUCUCUAAUUUAAUCGAGAAAACAUCCAAGUUGCGAGCUGACAGCUCCAGAGAAGAAAUUGACAGCUAUUUAGAAACGGUUGCUGAUCUGAAAAGGUUUGGAUUUGACGUGAAGGCGCCGGUCGACCGCCUUCAAAAAUUGUUGUCAAUCAAAGAUAGGUGCGAACAACUUAAGGAUGAGUCGAAGAAUGUUCACAUUCAGAUGACAGAAUGCAAACAUGAAAAGACACAAUUAGAAGAAGAAAUUGUUACAACGGAGCUGUUGAUAUCGGACUUGGAAGAAGUACGGGCAAUGAAAGUGUCGAUGAAGGUGAUGCAAGAGUAUAAACUGGUUGCUUUACGAGCUGAUGCUAAUGUUAUCAAUGAAGGCAUUGCGAAAAUGAAGCAUGAAUUUGAAAGCCAAGCUGCUGCAUCUUGGUAAUUUGAUUAACUCAGUGAUUUUGGCUAGAUUAACUUCAGAAUUAGAUGCAAAUAUUAAUGCUUAAAAGCUAGUAACUUAUUUGAGUUUUGUAUAUACAGUCGUCUGAAAAUCAAAAUGUAAUCAAAACAUGUUACUUUCUAAUUCAACCCGAUCUUUUAGGGGCUA